AUGCAAGUCCACCGACGGUGGCUCACACUGGUGUUAGUGAUGACGCUUAGGAGUUUAUUUGUCGAUGCACAGGUUUUUACAAUGCAAAGUCUUGAUGGAGAACCAGCGUCAUUACCAAAUUUAAAUGCAGAAUCGAAUGGUGAAAAUUCGUCAACUACACCGGGACGGACAUGGAUACCGAUUACAGUUGCACCUACGGAAGCACCGACUGUACCAGGAACACCGGAACCACCACCCGUGAAUCCAGAACCAGUUAAUAACCAAAACCACCGACUGAAAAUGUGGUCGAUUCGUCCCCCGAAUCCAGUAGAAGAUAGUGCUCAGGAUCCACCUAUAGAUGAAGAAGAACCCAAUGAUGUCGCGCCAUCAAGAAAAAAAAAGAAAGAGUUUGUCUUUACAAAAUCACCGUUUCUUGAACAGACGACACCCGUGCCAAAUGGUAUUCGCACAGCAACAGAAGACGUAGAUCUUGACGAGUCAGCAUCUAGAGACACAAACAAUGAUUUACUAGUGGAAAAACCGCCUCCACAACCAAAGCGAAAACAAUCGAAUGUUCAAACUAAAAAUGAUUUCGCAAAUUUGGCAACGGUAUCAAAUGCAGGUUCAAGUGCUAGCUCACGCGACUUUGAGUCAAAUAAUGAAGAUUUAGAUCCAACAGAACAGGUCAUAAAGAAGAAUGUCGAAGACUCUACAUCGGAUAUUCCAACCACAGAUGAUUCAACUCAAACGUCUGAGCUACCAGCAUCGUCAACAUCGUCGUCGUUAGCGGAAUCAUCGAUGGAAUCAGGCUCAGCGGCCUCGGUCCUGACUGACACUGGUGCGGCCAACCAAUCGGUUAUGUCGAAUACUUUAUUACUUGGACUCAUGCUCGGCGGUGCAGUUGCACUCAUACUGAUUGUCGCUGUAUUCGUAUAUAUGAAAACCAGUAGUGCUACUGAAGAAGAGGACGACAUGGCGCGUGUGCUUCGAACAGGACACACUGAUGAAAAUCGGGUUGCCGCACAGUCAUCAACAAUAGCUGCAAACUAUCACAAGAAUCACGUGAUGUCACCAACAACUCAUAGCGAGGACGAUUAUCAUUCAAAUCAAGAUGGACAAUACGAUCAAGAACCUUAUGGACACCCUGGUCAAUUGAGUAUCGGUAGACUCACAUAUAAUGAUCCAAAUCUUGACAUGUUGACACCACGAAGUCAAAUUGCAUUAGCGCAUUCUCAAAUGUCAUUACCUCCAAUGGCUCAAUCAGGGUAUUCUCAUGGAAGUAGUCAAUACUCUGAUUACUCUGCACAGUCUUCAAUUUACGAUCAUAGUGGUUAUAGUGCAGCUAGUAAAGGCUCGAGUGCAUACUCUGGUAUACAUCAUGGAAAAGAAGAGAGCGAUGUUCCGAGCUCAUCAGAAGAUGAAAGUGAUUUUGAAGGAGAUUCAAUUCAAGAUAUGUCAAAUGUAUGGAAAAGUGCGGGUCGAAAUAAAGAUUCAAUGUUGGAUGAUUCGCAAUUUAAUCCAGCAGAUUCUCGAUCUACAUCAGCUAGUGAUUAUGCGAGUAAGAAACGAUUUCAAGAAUCGGAGUAUACAGAAUAUCGCAUGUCGAAUGGAUACGAAGAUAGCUUUGCAGCUACAAAUAGCGAUUACUACAAUAGUGGAUAUGACAAGAGUGGAUUUGAUAAAAGUGACUAUGACAAAAGUGGCUAUGACGACAGUUUUGUCAGUGGAAAGAGCUUUCAAAGUAGUGGAUUUAGCGAAUACGAUCAAUCUGUAGCACGCAGUCAGCGCAAAAAUAGUGACUCGUCAUCGUUCUAUCGAGGAAACGAAUCUCGCUUUACAGACAAGUCGUUCUAUUGA